AACAUGGGGUGUUGCGCUAAAGUUGGUGCUCUUGUAGCAGUCCUUUUAGCUGUUUUAAUUGUAUAUUGUACAAAAUCUUUGCUUGAAACUCCAGAAGUGCCAGAUCUGGGCGAAAGAUGGUGGAAAGUGGCAAAGCCGGCGAAAGUAGAUACUAGUAUCAAGCCGUUUAAAAUUCAAAUAUCAGAUGAAAUUUUAAAAGACUUAAAGGACAGACUAGAUCGUACUCUUCCAUUCCAAGCACCACUAGAUGGCGUUAAACAAAACUAUGGAAUGAUCACUAACCUUCUGAAAACUAUAGUGGAUUAUUGGAAAAACAAAUACGACUGGAGACAAAGGGAGAAGUUUUUCAACCAGUAUCCACAGUUCACUACCAAUAUCCAGGGACUUAACAUCCAUUUCCUUCAUGUCAAACCUGCUGAGACUAAAGGACUGAAGGUUUUCCCGAUGUUGAUGUUGCACGGAUGGCCAGGCUCGAUUAGAGAAUUUUAUGAAAUUAUCCCACUUUUGACCAAACCGCAGAAGGGCAGAGAUUUUGUGUUUGAACUGAUUAUUCCAAGUUUACCAGGUUAUGGAUUUUCUGAAGCUGCUGAAGUACCUGGACUUAAUCCACCUCACAUAGCCAUCAUUAUGAAGAAUCUUAUGGCUAGAUUGGGAUUCCAGAAGUACUAUCUUCAGGGUGGUGAUUGGGGUGCCGCAAUAGUAUCCAACUUAGCAUCAUUAUUCCCAGAAAAAGUGCUGGGAGUCCAUUCCAAUAUGUGCGUUGUCAAUAGUUUUCUUUCUAAUCUAAAAUUAGCAUUGGGUAGUUUUAUGCCUUCUUUAAUCAUUGAAGCUGACAAGCAACAUCUCGUUUAUCCCAGAAUGAAAAUUUUUGGAAACUUGUUGCUUGAAACUGGUUAUAUGCAUCUUCAAUCUACUAAACCAGAUACCGUUGGUGUCGCUCUACGUGACAGCCCUGUAGGUCUUGCCGCUUACAUCAUAGAAAAGUUCACCACAUGGACCAAUCCUGCAUGGAAAGACUUGGAAGAUGGAGGAUUGACAAAGAAAUUUACAUUCGAAAAGUUGUUGGACAAUGUUAUGGUUUACUGGGUUACCAGAUCUAUCACUACUUCAAUGAGAUUGUAUGCAGAUUCAUUCGAUUCUAGUAACAUCGCCUUGAAGGUCGAUAGUGUUCCUAUCGAUGUCCCCAGCGCAUGCUCUCAAUUUGAACACGAGAUUACAUAUAUACCAGAAUCAAUUCUAAAGGAAAGGUAUCGCAACUUAUUGUUAACAAACGUGCAUACAGACGGUGGCCACUUCGCUGCUUUUGAAGUUCCAAAUCUUCUUGCCAAAGACUCUUACGAUUUUGUUGAGAGAGUUCAAGAUUUCGAAAAGCAAAAACACAAAAAAUAAUUUUAUGUAUAUAUGUUUUUAUUAUAAAUAAAUUUUCAUAAAAGUA